ACAUAUCAGGAGAUCUCUCUCUCUCUCUCUCCCACAACUCGCGAACAAAGCAAACCCUAGAUCAUCAAUCGGAGAGGAAGACGGCAGCUCUUCGUCGGCGAUUCUUUCCACCGGUGGUGGCUAAACUUUCACAGAUCUCUUCAUCUCUUUAACAUUCUGGUGGGACUUCUGCCAUGGCUGAGCAUUUGGCUUCAAUUUUUGGUACCGAGAAGGACAGAGUCAACUGUCCCUUCUACUUCAAGAUUGGCGCUUGCCGCCACGGUGACCGUUGCUCUCGUCUCCACAACCGUCCCACCAUCUCCCCUACACUCCUUCUCUCGAACAUGUACCAAAGGCCUGACAUGAUAACCCCUGGUGUUGACGCUCAGGGCCAACCACUCGACCCUCGCAAGAUCCAAGAGCAUUUUGAGGAUUUCUUUGAGGAUCUCUUUGAGGAACUCGGAAAGUUUGGUGAGAUUGAGAGCCUCAACAUUUGUGACAACCUUGCUGAUCACAUGAUUGGCAACGUAUAUGUUCAGUUUAAGGAAGAGGAUCAGGCUGCAGCGGCUUUGCAGGCUCUGCAAGGCAGGUUCUAUUCAGGGCGUCCCAUCAUUGCGGAUUUCUCUCCUGUGACUGAUUUCCGCGAAGCCACGUGUCGGCAGUAUGAAGAAAACAACUGUAACCGUGGUGGCUACUGUAAUUUCAUGCACGUGAAGCUUGUUUCGAGGGAGCUGAGGAGAAAACUCUUUGGGAGGUAUCGGCGGUCAUACCGCAGGGGAAGCAGAAGCAGAAGCAGGAGCAGGAGUAGGAGUAUUAGCCCCAGGCACAAGAGAGACUAUGACCGACGUGAUCCUCCUCCUCACAGGGAAUUCGGUCACCGGGACCGAGAUCGUGAGUUUUACCGUCAUGGAAGUGGGAAAAGAAGCAGUGAGAGGUCUGAGAGGCAAGAUAGGGAUGGUUCAAGGGGUAGGAGACCAGCAAGCCCUAAACGAGGAGGGAGCCCUGGUGGCGGGAGAGAAGGAAGUGAGGAGAGGAGGGCAAGGAUUGAGCAAUGGAACCGAGAACGGGAGGAGAAGGAAGAGGGAGGUGCUUAAAACGCUUGAUUUACUCGAAUCACAGUUGCUGCAAUGUGGUUUUUUGUGCGUCUGCUUCUAUGCGUUUGCUGAUUGUUUCUUAGAUCGGUAAAAUCUGGCAAUGGGAUUUUCAUUUGGUUGUUUUAAUUUGGACUUGAAAUGAGUGGAACCAACUCCUUUAGAUUAUAAAAAUGUUUGGGGUUACUUUCUUGUAGUUUUUUGAUUAGGAAAAAAACCUUGUUGCCGCGUCCCCUUGUUAUUGAUAUUCACCAGUGUUCCUUAGAACUUUGUACUAUCGUCUGUUGGUCUUAAAGAGUUUAGUUUUCUUUUAAA